GCGCUGAUUUACAAAAAUCUCAAAGACACACAAGCUGCCAGGUGGCACAAGCCUCACUCUCCCCCUUUUGCAGUGUGGCCUACCGCCUACCGGCAACAGGAAAACCCCCAGAAUAUGUGCGCCGGCCAUCGCCACUUUUCUACACUCCCGUGGCCGCGGUGUGGAGUCGCGUUUGAAUCAUUCAAUUCCAUUCCACCCAACCUCUUCCUUCCUUCCCCUCCCCUUCCAUUUCCCAAACUCCCAUCCCCCACUCCCCCUGCUUCCGUCCAUCACGCGCCCACACCCCCAAACCCUAGCCCGACGCGAUGGGGUGCGCGCACGGCAAGUGCUGCCUGCCGCGGGGCGACGGCGGGGUGCGGCGGGAGGGCGGCGGCGUGCCGGGCGGCCGCGGCGGCUCCACCCUCGGCCGCGCCGCGGUGCCGGGGGCCGGCCUGACGCUGGAGUACGCCACGCUGACGGUCGACGGCCUCUACCCGGACUCCCCGGGGCGGGAGACGCAGGACGCGUACCUCGUGGCCACGCGCUUCGCGGGCGACCCCGAUCUCCACCUCUUCGCGGUCUUCGACGGCCACGGCGCCUGCGGGGCCGCCUGCUCCGGGUUCGCGCGGGACGCGCUCCCGCGCCUCCUCCUCCUCGCGGCCGAGGACGACGCCGCCGGCGGCGGCGGGAGCCUCCUCGCGACGGACCCCGCGGGCGCGUUCCGGGCGGCGAUGGUCGGGGUCAACGAGGAGAUGCACGCGGCGCCGGCCGUGGACGAUUCCAUGAGCGGGACCACGGCCGUGGCCGCGCUCGUGGCCGGCGGCGCGCUCCACGUGGCCAACGUCGGGGACUCGCGCGCCGUCGCCGGGGUGUGGCGCGACGGCCGCGUCGCCGCCGAGGAGCUGUCCUGGGACCAGACGCCGUUCCGCGCCGACGAGCGCGCGCGCGUCAAGGCCUGCGGCGCGCGGGUCAUGUCCGUCGAGCAGGUGGAGGGCGUGCGCGACCCGGACGCCGAGGGCUGGCUCGCCGACGAGGGGGACCCGCCCCGCGUCUGGGCCCGCGACGGCCUCUACCCGGGCACGGCCUUCACGCGCAGCCUCGGCGACCUCGCCGCCGAGGGCGUCGGGGUCAUCGCCGACCCUGAGGUGAAGACCGUGGAGAUCACCCCGGCCCACCUCUUCUUCGUCGUCGCAAGCGAUGGCGUCUUCGAGUUCCUCUCCAGCCAGGAAGUCGUCGACAUGGUGGCUAUGCAUCAAGACCCUCGAGAUGCUUGUGCAGCAAUCGCUGCAGAGUCAUACAAACUAUGGCUAGAGCAUGAAAACAGGACAGACGAUAUAACAAUAAUCAUCGUGCAUAUCCGGGAUGCUCAAAAUUCAGGUCCUGCAGGGAGUGACAAAGAGAACUCCAGCAGCACCGGGGCGCCGAUAGCAUUGCACACGGUGCAGCCGGAGCUACCUGUAUUUGUACCGUCAGAAGCAAGUCACCUGAACGGAGUGGCUGCUGCUGAACUGCGGCGGCCAUCCUCCUCUGGCUCUCCAUCGGAGCGACGCCUCUCAUGCGUUACUCCUUCGCCUACACACCCUUUAUUAGAAGGCGGUAAAGCAUUGGAAGCUUCCAGGUCGACCCAGAUCGACAUUGCCAUAUCCCAGCCAGUGGAAGCUUGGCAUCCAAGGGAAGGUGGUAACAAGCUAGAACGGGCAGUCUCCUGCUGACCAUGCAUGAGUUCUUUAGCUUGAAUCUCACAACAGAAGCGGCAGGACACCUGUCGUCAUCCUCCGUAAGGGGGGGCUGACUUCCCGAACAGUGGGUGUGAUGCAGCCAUGCAGGCUCGCAAUGCUUGUUCUGCGCCGGUUGCAAGUUGCUCGUGUUUUCUUAGAGCACCUGCUUACUGACAAUGCAAAAAGGAUUCUGACCCAAACAGGGUCGUUUAACAUAAAGAUUGAUGGGCUUGAUCAUGUGGCAUUGGACGCCGCCAAGAGUUAACUGGAAAUGGAGUAAAGUGUCAGAUAAUUUGUACUAUUUGUUAUUUAUCACAUCAUGUUGAGUUGAUGAUUACAGACCUGUAGUCAUAUGGUAUCAGCUGCAGUGCAGUGUGGAUACCACAACGAAUAAUUGUUGCUUCCUCUUAACGGGAGGGAGGGGUCUUUGUGACUUGUGAGUUGGAUAUCAGUGAGAAAUGCCCAGAGCUUACUGAAAGAAACACGUUAGCUUUAUUCCAAAA